GGAACUCGUGGCGAUAAUGGUCGCCUCUCGGCUGGAUCGUUGACUUAGCUUUCAGUCUAUUCUGGGGAGUAGGAGGGUCAACCUCUUUGGUCUUUACCAUACCUCAUCCGUGAUCUACUUCCAGUCCUCCAGCAACCGGGGAGGAGGGACUAGACAUCCAGAGCGGGCUUGAUCUGAACAGGGUUCAUCGACCUGAAGUACUCCUGUACGCAAGACAUCGGGGAGGGCAUAUUAUCACGGCCGAAAUCAAAUAUCAUCAAUUGGAUGCGCACCCAUUUGGCACCAUCUAAUUCUCUUCAACCUCGUCCUGUGCUUUUUGUCCAGCCCAGCCACGAAACACUCGCCCUACUCCUUUCUCUCCCAAAGGAAAUUAAUCUCUGAUUGUUCAAGACCUCGUAAAAGGAGGCCUUUACACUUGCGUCCGGAGGAGGGGGUACUUUCUUAUCUAAGAAAGGACCUAUAGCCUCUCUCGUCCCUAUUAGCCUCGUUGUUUUCCGAUUCUUUCUCCCCUCUCUAUCGAGAAAUCAAAGGUACUCGGCAAUCGACGCUAUCCUUGAUCCUGGGAUCCCGGGCAGUUCGGCAGUCCAUCCAAGUUAGGGUUGCAGUACUUGCAGCAUACCUGGUGGACACUGGACACGGUCUACUCUCUCUCAUCGGUCCAUGCCAGUUACCUUUCGUUACCUGUCAAGGCCCGCCCUACCUUGAUUGAUUUGCGGACGCAAGUCACACUGGAUUACAUCGACAACGGUGCCUCUCACCAUUUCAGGACGCCAAUCGCAAAGGCAGGGUCCUUGAGCAACUGGUAUCAGCACAAUCGCAAUGAACCCUUCUAAGAACCCCCUUCUAGCCACUCUGCUUUCCGAACCCUUUGCCAUGGACUGCCCAGUCACCACAGAUGGGGACUAUAUCAGCUCCCAGGUAACAGGGUUUCCAGCCGAUGAAGACGACAACAGCCAGCGAGUCGGAGGCCUCGCCUCCAUGCCUGUCACUAACGGCGUGCGGUACCACGCACCGCAGUCUGCGAUGCAAGACUUGCAUUAUCCCAGCUCAACUGCACUCGCCAUGACUCCUCCCGAUUCCUGUUCCGACUCGUUCUCCCCAACUUCUGGUCCUCUUUUCCCUCAUAUGGCCCAACACCAACAUCCCUUUGAUCGCGUGACAGAUUUUCGUCGAGUACCAUCUCUUCAACCCCUUACUGGCAUGUCAGCAACUAUGCAAAGCCCAAUGCACUCUGUGAGCUCGAUCUCGGCAUUGAUGGGACGCAGCAAUGCCUAUUCAUCCUCAUACGCACUCCAGCGCGGUAUGGGCUUGCCAUUGAGUGGAAUCAAUGAUGUCUCUCGUGGUCAUGGAUACUCAGGCACUCCUCGUGGGCUGGAUAUUAUGGACCGAAAUCAGACAGCCUUACUCCAGCAAUCUCCAGUCGAGUCCCCACAGCGAUCACAUGCGUCGGCAGAGGCACCUCCAUUCGAGGACACGAGCAUUCUCGAAUCAAUUGUUACCGACUUUGGAGGUACACAGCAAACUGUCAAACCCGAGGUGUAUGCGAAGAUUGGGCGUGGGUUCUUCCCAUCCGAUAACAAGUGGACCUGCUACCGACGGAAUUACUUCGCUGUCACCUGCAGCUUCAGUCUGCAUCCAUAUCCUUCAAACGUUCCUCUCUACAUUCGCCAUGCAGAUCAGACUCUGGAGCCAAUUCGUGGCUUUGCAAUGUCUAUUUCUGCCAUAGUCAAUGGGCAAUAUGGAGAAACUCGAGAGCUCGUACAGCAUACGCCAAAAAGAGAUAAGCUGUCAGAGCGUCCACCACCUCGAGUGGUCCUACAACCUUCGCCACCUCAGUCCCUCACAUCUGCUUCCGCUGGAAACAGCACUCAUGGUUUCCCACUUGGCUCGCAAUCUUUGGACUACAAUUCCUCGUUCGCCGGCGCGCCUCAGCCUCCGCAGUCACAUAUGUUUGAGCGGAUCCAGUUCCAAAAGGCUACAGCUAACAACGGCAAGAGACGCGCCCAGCAGCAAUUCUACAACCUUGUCGUUGAACUACAAGCCGAGGUUGCGGGCCCAGUUAGCGGGGAAUCACAGUGGGUUCUCAUCGCGCGUCGACACUCGCAUUCAAUGGUCGUGCGAGGACGUUCCCCGGGUCAUUACAAGGAUGGCCGACGCGAUAGCACAACAAGCAUGGGACCCGAAGGAGGCAGUGGAGAUAGCAGUGGCAAUACCUUGGCCCACGUAAUGGGACAGACAGCACGCUCGCAUCUGCUUAUGUACGACUCACCACAUCGAGGAAGCUUGCCCUACGGACGAACAGACUAUCGCCAGAUGCCAACUGCUGAGCACUCACCGUUGAGUGAUAGCCCGCUCGUCUCAUCCUCGUCCUCGUCGGCCUUCGACUAUUCCAUGAUAAAUGACACCAUGGACCCGAUGGACACGCUGAAGACCGACCCCUACCAGGACCCAUUCACAGUGGUGUCUAAUAACCACCGGUCUAGUACGGGGAGCUUUGACCCGGUCUACUCGACGUACAAUGGGUACAGCACAAUUCAUAACAGUCGUAGUCUCUGCACCUAGAUCGGGAUACUUUGACCUAGCUCGGCAUGCCAAAAGGAAGCUUUUAUUUUGUCAGAGUAUUUCUCUCUGCAUUUAAUCUUAUCUUCCAAAUGUCACUUAGGUUGCGAGUGAAUUGAUUUUUUUAUUUGCUACGGAGCACUGGGAAAUGGGACAUCACGGAUUGGUGCAGAACGGCGCGGGAGAUCGAAUAUGAAUUCAGGGAUCCUUGAAUUUCUUUCAUUAUGUGGUUAUUUUACCUUUACCUUUAUCUCCAUUUUUAGCAUGUCAUCUUUUACUAUUUGAAAUUGAGAACUUCGGUUUCUUCUCCUUUUCUC